GCGGGCCCGAAGCUGGAGGAUUAGUGGCCAGUUUGCAGUGUAGAUCUUGGAGCAAGUUGUUGUGUAGCGGAGUAUAGGAGGAAAUAGGAGUUGGGCCAUGCACAAAGAUACACUGCGGCUUCUGACUUCUUGUCUGUAUUAAAUGCUGCUUGUGACACCAUCUGCCGCACAAUCGCACAUUCGUAUACACCGUUCCAGGCCGUAGAUAUGAAGCUCGCUGUGGAUUUUGAAGAGUGUCUGAAGGACUCGCCCCGCUUCAGGGCAGCUUUAGAAGAUGUUGAAGGGGAUGUGUCAGAACUUGAAGUGAAGCUUGAUAAGCUGGUGAAACUUUGCAUUGGAAUGAUUGAUGCUGGAAAAGCUUAUUGUGCUGCCAACAAGCAAUUUAUGAAUGGAAUUCGAGACCUUGCCCAGUAUUCUAGCAAGGACAUUGUAGUGGAAAGCAGCUUGACAAAGUUCUCUGACAGUCUGCAAGAAAUGAUCAGUUACCAUACAAUGUUGUUUGAUCAAGCACAACGAUCCAUCAAAACCCAGCUUCAGACAUUUGUGAAAGAAGAUCUUAGAAAAUUUAAAGAUGCCAAAAAGCAGUUUGAUAAGGUCAGUGAAGAAAAGGAAAAUGCACUGGCGAAAAAUGCACAGGUGCAAAGAACCAAACUACAUGAAGUUGAAGAAGCAACAAACAUCCUUACUGCAACAAGAAAAUGCUUCCGUCACAUUGCUUUGGACUAUGUCCUGCAGAUCAAUGUACUACAAUCAAAAAGAAGAUCUGAAAUUUUAAAAUCUAUGCUGUCUUUUAUGUUUGCCCAUUUGACUUUCUUCCAUCAAGGCUAUGACCUUUUCAGUGAACUAGAGCCAUAUAUGAAGGAGCUAGGUGCACAGUUAAAUUGUAUAGUGGUGGAUGCCACAAAAGAAAAGAGAGACAUGGAGCUGAAGCAUUCCACGAUUCAGCAAAAGGAUUUUACCAGCGACGACUCCAAACUUGAAUUUAAUGUUGAUGCUGCCAAUGGUAUUGUUAUGGAAGGCUACCUCUUUAAACGAGCCAGCAAUGCUUUUAAAACCUGGAACAGGAAAAGACCAGACCACACCAGACGAUGGUUUUCAAUACAAAAUAAUCAACUUGUAUAUCAGAAGAAAUUUAAGGAUAAUCCAACAGUGGUAGUUGAAGAUUUACGUCUCUGCACUGUAAAACACUGUGAAGAUAUAGAAAGACGCUUCUGCUUUGAGGUUGUUUCACCAACUAAGAGCUGCAUUCUGCAGGCAGAUUCAGAAAAACUUCGGCUGGCAUGGAUAAAAGCAGUUCAGACCAGUAUUGCUACAGCAUAUAGAGAAAAGGGGGAUGAAGCAGAGAAAGUAGAGAAGAAUCCAUCAGUCUUCCCUAGCAGUCUGGAGUCUGGUUCAGAGGCAAAGCUUGUUAAGGGGGAGAGUGCUUUGCAGAAAGUUAUCUGUAUUCCUGGCAAUGCAUAUUGUUGUGAUUGUGGUCUUCCAGAUCCUCGCUGGGCCAGUAUUAACCUGGGCAUCACCCUAUGCAUUGAGUGCUCUGGUAUUCACAGGAGUCUUGGUGUCCACUUUUCUAAAGUGAGGUCUCUGACACUGGAUACAUGGGAACCUGAGCUUCUAAAGUUAAUGUGUGAACUGGGAAAUGAAGUGAUAAAUGGAAUAUAUGAAGCUCGUCUCGACCAAAUGGGUGCAAAGAAGCCUCAACAUGGAUGUCUAAGGCAGGAAAUAGAAGCCUACAUCAAAGCAAAGUAUGUUGAAAAAAAGUUUGUGGAUAAAUACUCAGAGUCUAAGCUGGUCACAAGAAAAAAAGAAUCUUUACAGAGGAGCACCCCCAAUGUAUCUGAUAAAACUUCUGCCUCAGAGGAACCGAUAACUGCACUUUCCAGAAGCUCAGUGAAAAGCAAUGAUAGUGGUAUUCAGUUCAGUGCUGAGGGCAGCAGAGAAUUGCUAGCGGCCACAGUGUCUUCAAACAGUCUAUACGAUCCUGAUGGUGACAGGAAAGAUAAACGGGAUUCAGUGUUCCAGGAAGAGAAGAAUGUAAAUAAGCUACUUCCUGGGCCACAGUUAUACCAGGCAGCAUACAAAUGUAAUCUUCCAGCCAUGGCAGAAGCGUUAGCUCAUGGUGCAGAAGUCAACUGGGUCAAUACAAAAGAGAGCAACUCCACACCACUAAUACAAGCUGUACAUGGGGGCUCUCUAAUGACCUGUGAGUUCCUGCUUCAAAAUGGAGCCAAUGUAAAUAACAGGGAUAUCAAAGGAAGGGGACCGUUGCAUCAUGCCACAAUGCUGGGCCAUACAGGGCAAGUGUGCUUAUUCUUGAAACGUGGCGCAAAUCAGCAUGCUACUGAUGAAGGUGGAAAGGACCCUUUAACUAUUGCUGUGGAUGCAGCCAAUGCGGAUAUAGUAACACUAUUGCGCCUGGCACGUAUGAACGAAGAAAUGCGGGAAUCUGAAGGGCCUUAUGGACAGCAAGGUGAUGAAACUUACCAGGACAUUUUCAGAGAUUUUUCCCACAUGGCAUCUAACAAUCCUGAAAAACUGAAUCGAUUCCAGCCGUCAGAUUCUCAGAAAUUGUGAUAGUCUUAUAAAAUGUGCGGUUUUCCACCACCAAAUGGAGCAGUGCAUAAUUAUAUCAUUUGUUGGGAUGUUGGAUUUAAUUUAAAGCAACAUUGUACUGUAAAUGUUUAUCUGCUUUAAUGUGUUCCCAGUUAUCUGUUUUACAUGCUGGAGUGUAUAUAGCAGAUUGUGCCUGUUGAUACCACCACUUUUACUGAAAUAUGAAUACUUUAAUAUUUCCAUUUUCAUUUGCUUUUCCCAAGUAUUGCCCAUUGUGUAUAGACAGGGAGUUAGGAUAAGAAGGCCUUAAAAAAUAGAUAAUAUUAGGAAUGUUAUUUCUGCAGGCUCAGACCAUGUGUACAGGUGUGUUCUUGAGAACAGCAAUUUUAUAUACAUAAAUAAACCUACACUAGCAAUUUCCCAUUCAUUUUAUAUAACAAGUCAGUGAGAACACAUUAGGGAAACUAACGUUGCAGUAAAUUGUUCCUUUAAAGGGGCAUGAAACCCAACGUUUUUCUUUUAUAAUUCAGAUAGAGAAUACAAUUUUAAACAUCUUUCCAGUUUACUUCUAUUAGCUAUUUUGCUUCAUUCUCUUGUUAUCCUUUGUUGAAGCAGAUUCAAUGCAUUACUGGGAGCUGGUUAACACGUUGGGUGAGCCAAUAAGAUGUGUCAUAUUUGUGCAGCCACCAAUCAGCAGCUCCUGAGCCUACCUAGGUAUCCUAUUCAACAAAUUAUAUCAAGAGAACAAAGCAAAUUAGAUAACAGAAGUAAAUUGGAAAGUUGUUUAAAAUGCUCUAUCUGGAUCAUGAAAGAAAAAAAAACAUGGGUUUCAUGCCCCUUUUAAUCUGAUUCAGUCUUUGCAGUCGAGUGUGCCUGUGUAUAUGCGGCAAAUCUUGUAUUAAGCUGCAUUAUUUAGAAUAAAUAGAAAGGACCAACACAUACAACUGUUGUGCAUUUAAUACAUCACAAGUCAGCAAAACCCUUUAUAGUGUUCUACACAACUCCUAGUAUCCCAUCACGCUUGCAAAAGAAAGAAUUGCACUGAAAUUAAUCAAAUUCAAAGGACUGUCUUUUCCAAACAUUUGUUCUUUUUGUAAUAAACCCCUUUACUUAUUUGACUGUCUUAUACCUGGGAACACCCUUCUUAAAGGGACAUGUAGUCCGAGUUUUACAUUUUUAUUGGCUCACUGGCUGACGGACAAGUUUUACAGAAAAAAAAGGUUUAUUCAGCACAAGAACAUCUGUUAAAAUAAAAACAUUGCAAUACAUUCUGAAUCAUGAAAAUGAAACAGAAAAAACUACCAUGUCUCUUUUUAAGGUUAACAAGCUUCCAGUAAAAGUAUGGAAUUCUUGUUGUAUUUCAAACACUGUUGGAAAUCUUUUAAAAAACAAAACAAACAUGAACAUGUUUAUACAGUCAACUGUGACCUGGAAAAAGUGCAUAAUAAUGUGAAAUGUUGUUUCAGGUCAUUGCAGUCAGGGUGAUUAAGUGUGCUUUAAAUGGUCAUCUCAGUAAAUUGACAAUCAAUUGUUUUAGCUAAUAGAGAUUUCUAGAAUCUGUGUUAAAUAAUUAGUCAAAAAGUCCCAGUCAUUCCCUCAGCUGUAUCAUAAACAUUACGUAGCUUUACUGCACCUGUAACUUGUUUAUUCACACGUAAAAAAUUAUUUAAAGGGUUUUCAUUUUACAGUAUUUUAUUCACUGUAAUGAUAAAUUUAUUUUUUUAUAUCACAAAUAUCUCAGAUUUUCAGAAAUGUAUGUCUCAAAUUUUAGAAUUAUUUGAGUGUUGUUUUUUUUUACUUAAUAUACAUAUUGAUCUAUUUAGCAUGAAAUAUAGUAUCACUAUAUUUCACAACUGGACAGAAUAAGGUUCAGUGUGUGUUACAUGAAGUGUACUACAUGCAAAGAUUUCAAAUUUGAUCUGGUGUGUUUAAAAAUAAAUAUAUAUAUAUUUAUGUAUAUAUAUCACCAAAUUUAUAAUCUUUUAGAUGUUGACAAAAAUGGCUAUAUAGUUGUAAAAAUAAUAUAACUUGUAUUAUAUGUGUAUUAACCCCUCAUGCUAUAUAAUAUUUUUGCUUUCUAGCUUUAGCUGACGGCAUAAAAAGCACAAAUGUUUAUUGUAAAUGCUACAGAUUUUAAAAUAUCGAAAUCAUGGGUUCAUUUUUUUUUUUUUUUAAAUACAAAUUUUUGUAAUGUCUUUUGUGACGGCUUAGUCUGAAUACCUGUUAAUCUUCAGAAUUACAUUAGUAUGCAGUGAUUACUUGCAUAUAAAUCUUUAUUAACAUGCUGACUCUUUAACAUAAAAUAAUGGUGCUUAAAGGGAUAGAAAGGUCAAAAUGGAAAUGUGCAUUUGAAUAUAAAAUAGAAGCAUUUUUUGCAAUAUACUUCUAUUAGCAAAAAUACUUCUAGUAAAAAUGAUUGCUGUUUUUCUGUGACAUACGCACAUAUCCUGUGAGGGCUGUGCACCAGUAUUCAAGCUCAGAGAGCUGAAGAAGUUGUGUAUUGUAUCUGUGAAGACUUCAUUUGUAUCAUACAAGUCACCACUGAUUCUCUGAUAAGGUGUGUUGUUUGAAUACUGGUGCACGGCCCUCACAGGAUAUGUGCAUAUUACGCUGAAAAACAGUAAUACCUUUUACUACAAGCAUUUUUGCUAAUAGAAGUAUAUUAUAAAAAUACUUCUAUUUCAUAUUUAAAUGCACCCAUGCACGUUGUCAUUUUUACCUUUCUGUCCCUUUAAAAUCAGUAUUUUGCACUAUUAAACAUACAUCUUUUCAGUAACCCAAUUUGUGACAGAGGGCAGACAUGUGAAUCAUUUAGAUUGUUCAUUUGGAAACUGUUCAGAGCAAGAGCUUGUAGUGGCAAGCAGCAAUUUUAUCCUUAAUUUUUUUUAAAUUUUUCCCCCCAGAAAAAUAACUUAAAAUAUUUUUAAUUUUAAAAAUUAUGAUUAGGGGGACCCCCCCCCCCCCUUUGUUAAGCAUAGCAAAAAGGAAAUGUGCUUGCAAAAUUCAUGUUGCUACAAGAACACAGAUUUGGUACCUAUCAUGUUCAUCUCAAGUUGAAUUCCAGUCUUAUAAUUUAUUAAUAUAGGUACCAAAAAAGACUUAAUAUUAAGCUGACAGCCUUGCAGUGCAUAGCGUUCAAAGCUGCACCAAUCUCCUUAAAGUUAUUUUAUAUUUUUAAGUGCAAUAGUUUUUCACAUAUACUUGCAUUCAGUUUUUUGCAAUUUGCCUGUAAAUGAGAACUUUUAGCUUCAAUGCAUUGCAAUAUAUUGUAUCAGCAGGACUGUGUUGUUUUCUUCCUACAAAUAUACUAUAAUGAUUGUACAACCAUAUCUAGUUCUGUCGUGGAUGUUUUGUAUGUUAACUUGAUUGUAGUUUUAUUUUUGCUUAUAAUAAAUGAAAAGGACACUUGUAUUAGUUCUACAAUGUACAUUAUGUAAGAAUUGUAAAUACUUCAUUUAAAACUUUGUAAAUUGCAAAGUGACAAAAUAUGCAAUUUCAAUAAAAAAAAAGUGUUCAAAAAA